AUGUCCGAUUUAAAAGAAGAAGCGUCCUGUCGGAAGGUUCGUCAAACCAGCCUACAUGUUAUCUGCCUUAUGGGGCAUCUUUGGCCGGAUGCUCAGAUACCUGAAACUAAUUAUGAUGACCAUUACUUUGGCUCGGACAUCUAUAACUCUGGCUCUCUAUCGUUAAAAAUCAAUACCCAUCGGGCUGCUGUACGCGCCUCGACGCCGCCUCCAUCUGCCUCUUCUCAUAGCUCAUCCAGUGAAUCGCGGGGUCAGUUUGGCACCAGAAAUCGCUCCCCACUUGUGGGAUCGAAUUCCCCAGUUGGAAAAAACAGGCCUCGUUCUCGCUCUCCUCACGCAAGCUUUUUUCACUCUGGCCAGCAGAUUAAUUACACUAGCCGAUCUCAAUAUCAACAACAGUCUGGAGAAACAUAUCAUGAAACUAGAGCUGGAAUUUGUUCACGCUCAUCGACUCCGCCACCCUCCUCUAAUUUCGCUGAUUUUGAUGGCAGUAGACAAUGCGAUUUGAUUAAAGCCUCUGACGGCUCUUUAACUGAGGCUCCCAGGCGGAGACGGCUUGUGGAUGAUGUCUUCUUCCGUGUCUGCUUACACCUACAGGAUCCUAGCAGGCGCGUUCGCCAGCUCGCUGCUCGUUUGAUUCGAGUGUUGACCACUGUAAAUAAAUAUUUUUAUGAUUAUUUAAAUCCUUUGGAGUUCUUAUUCGUACUUUUACGCGUAUUUCUUUAG